AUGACCCCUGCAAGGAAAGGUGAUCUGACAUCUGAAGAGAGAGUGAUGCUACAGGUAGCUGCUGCAGGUGAUGUGCAAGAGGCCACCCAGCUCCUCAGCAAUCCAAAUGAGCGUGUUAACUGUCUGGAUGAGUAUGGCAUGACCCCUCUCAUGCAUGCGGCCUAUAAGGGCAAAGCAGACAUGUGCAGACUGCUGCUGCAGCACGGAGCUGAUGUCAACUGUAAUGAGCAUGAGUAUGGUUAUACUGCCCUCAUGUUCGCUGGCCUCUCAGGUAAUGCAGAAAUAACAGAGAUGAUCUUAGAUGCUGGAGCAGAGACAGAUCUGGUCAACUCCGUGGGACGGACUGCUGCUCAGAUGGCUGCCUUUGUGGGUCAGCAUGACUGUGUGACAGUGAUCAACAAUUUCUUUUCUCGUGCGAGGCUGGAAUACUACACCAGACCCCAGGGCUCAGAGAUUGAACCUAAACUACCCCCCAAACUAGCAGGACCCCUACACAAAAUCAUCAUGACUACUAACCUCAAUCCUGUCAAGAUGGUGAUGCUGGUGAAGGAGGACCCCUUAUUGGUGGAUGUGGUUGCCCUGGAGAAGUGCUACCGUGUGAUAGAUCUGCUCUGUGAGCAGUGUGUGAAACAGCAGGACAUGAAUGAGGUACUGGCCAUGAAGAUGCACUACAUCAGCUGCGUGCUGCAGAAGUGUCUGGCCUUCCUGCAGGAACGAGAUGACAACCUGGAUGCCCUGUUGAGGAGCCUUCUGAAAGGAAGAGAUGGUGAUGGCUUCCCUCAGUACCAGGAGAAAUUCAUUCGUGAUUGUAUCCGGAAGUUUCCCUAUUGUGAGGCAACCCUGCUGCAACAGCUGGUCCGAAGUAUAGCACCUGUGGAAAUUGGGAACGAGCCCACAGCCUUCUCGGUUCUGACCCAGACACUGACAGGCCAGAUGGUGCUUAUGGACACAGAGUACUGUGCUACCUGUGGAGAGAAGGGUGCUGACAAGAAGUGCUCCUUCUGUAAAAUGGUGGUCUACUGUGGGCCGACGUGUCAGAGGCUGCACUGGUUCACCCAUAAGAGGCAGUGCAAAACUCCUGUGCCACAGAGAGGCAACCGCCAACCCAAACUGAGAGAACUCUCUAGCAGUGUUGAUGACAAUGAUGUAGUGAACGGCACCAGCUCCAUGCUGGCUCUGUGUCUGGGUUUGUCAAAGUGUGCACUUCAGAACAGUCCCUCUGAAGACCACAGUGAAACCUCUGAGGCCUCUGAAGAUCCUCCUUGUGCUGGAAAGGACUGA